ACUUGUGGUUUCCAUUUCUUUUUCUGCUCAUUUGAGAUCUGUUUUUCUUUAGUUGGUUAUAUAUCUCUUAGGGGUGGGAAUCUUUAGGCACCUCACGAUCUGAUUCCGAUUCUGGGAGUCACAAUCCUAUUCCAAAACGAUUCUUGAUCUACUUUUUUUCUUAUUAAUUCAUUCGUUUCUUAAUCUUACAUUUUAUGCAAUAUAAGUACUUUUUAAAUAAUUACAAGUUAAAAUUAAAUUAAUAAAAUUGUAUGUUAAAGUCGUCAUGAAAUCAGAAUUGACCCUAUUUACUUUGUUAGUGCAUAUUCCUAGUCUUGUGUUGAACAAUUAAUCCGUGCAAGUUAAUACACAGAAAAAAUUGUUUGUCGUGGUAAUCUUUAAUCAAAAUCUGAAAAGUUACUUUCGGUCUGGAAUGGCGUUCCUUCUCUGAUGACGUCAGUUUGACGGCUUGGGUUGAAAAUGCUUAAACCACUCCUCUCCAACCGUUAGUCUGCUAUCUGAGCGAGAGAUGGAGAGGAGGAGCGCUAAGGUAAAACCCUGCCCUCUAUUCAAUAUUCCGUUUCACUUGGAAAUACGUCACAACACUGGAGAAAAGUCAUUUGCAACUUCCGGUUCACGGGGACUUUAAGGUUUUUAAAUAUAUAAACAGCUUCAAAACACAAAAGCAAGUAGCCAAAAGAGGAACAAUGAAACGUUACAAGCAAUAAACAAAGAGUGCUUUCAGUAUUUAAGAGUAUCUGAACAUUUUCCAUUCAAGAGCUGUGUGUGAUUUUUCUCUUUCUCAUCUUUACUGUUGUUUACCCACAGCAUUCCAAACAACAUAAAUGAUGCCUUCAUUUAGCAUUUGUCAGGAAAAUAUGCCUACCGGCGGGCGAGAUUGCUGCACAUGUAUCAUCAAGCAAAGCGCGCGUUUCUCACAGCGCAUAUCCUGUGCAAUGAACCUCGCGAAUGUAAUUCGCUUCAGCCUUUCCGAACUGAAAUAAUAUUUUAUGGAAGGUUCCAGUGGUGUGCAUGUGUGAGGAAAUGGAAACAAGCAGAAUGGCUUAUCGCUUAUAAUUAUAUGCAAACGUAAUUGAUAUAAACCCAUACAGAUCAAUUAAAAAAAUCUGAUAACCAAUAUGGUGAUAUAUCCAUGCGUUUCAUGUGACGUCACUGUGUUUUAUCGCCACCAUUUUUUUGUCCGGUCACAGCUGCGCGACCUGUUUCAGUCUAUGGUCACAGCAGCUACAGCUACCAGAGGAAGAUCAACAAAACACUCUCAGAAAGUUCACAACAAGGUUACAAUAUGCCUGGGAUAUGUGGUGCUGUUAGCUGUUUUAACAGUCGUCAGAGAAACCCCGAACUACAAUUUUAUUCGAUCCCAAAGGAGUUAGAUCGGCGGAAUUGUUGGCUUCAAUCAGAUGGGACCACACCACUGGCAGCCAAACAGCAAUGCACAACAUUAAUAACUAGUGGGACUGUCAUUUACAUAACAUUAUAAUUAGAACACUAUUCGGUUGAAUAGUGACGUCACGCGGCAGUGCUUCCGGGUCGAAACGCUCUAUCUCAUACCACAAGAAAACAACAAACGGUGCUAAUAUACACACAUGAUGUGGUUUAAUACUACCAAAAAAUUAUAAUCAUAACCUUUAUCUCCAUACCAAAAUCCCAGAUGGCCAGACUGAUUAGCACAUAACUUAGUUCAAGCUUCACUUGUGCAUUUGCAUGAUUUUGUGCAAAUAAAAGUCGUAAUAUUAAAUUUAUGUAGCCUAUAAAUAUCUGAUUAAUCUCAUAUAGGACGCGUUUCGUUGAGGUUAAUAACCUGCAGAGCUUUAUUGUACAAAACUGAUGAUCAUCUUCCUCUCAAACAGCAACGCAAAACAUUAAUAACUUAUUCAUAACAUUAUAAUUGUAUACACUAUUGUAAUAAAACGUUGUGAAUUCUUUGGGCUUAGUUGCUGUGUUUCGGCGUGUUGUCACAGGAAGAACGGAUCCACAACAGUUACAUUAUUCUGACUACGUUACUUAGUUCAAGUUCAUCUGUGCGUGAUUUUGUGCAAAUAGUUGUAAUAUUUUUAUUUUGUAUAAAUAUCUGAAUUAUCUUAUAUAGGAUGUGUUCCGUUGAGUUAAUUAACCUUCUAGCUUCAGUUUAUGGGUAUUCAUUCUCUUCAGCUUCAGCGUGCAUAUGCAGCUCUAACAGCAAUGAUGAUAUUUCAAACAGUCAUUAAAGAUGUUUACUAUUACUGUAAUAUUAAAAAUGUUUCAUUUUUUUAAAAAAAGCAUUAAUGCAUUAUUUUUAAUAACUAGCACUUGUAUUGUUCUCAUAUUAUUUUCAUCAACAUACGGUUUGAUUAAAUCAUUUCCUUAUUUCCAAUUAUUUAUUCCACCAUGGCACAUGCAUUUUGUUUCUUUAUUGUCUAAAUAAUGUUGUCAAAUGACUUGUUUGCAUUUAGAUAUUUUAUGUUAUUUUAUUUAUAUUUUUGUUAGGUAAUAGAUUUUUUGGUAACACUUUCUUCGGUUUAUGGCGAUGAUGUACAAGAUAUCCACCUUAUUCUCGUGGGCACUACUGUAGAAAUGUUUUUAAGGGACAAAACACAGUUGGAGGUAAUAAAAUAAGGAUCACAAACAAUAACAGAUGUUCCCUUGCGAUACUACACGAGUACUGAGUCGUUCGUCUUAAUUAAUAUUGAUUAUUAAUAAGACAAGACGCUAUGGGGAAAACUCCUUUUUCUCAGAUUCUGAAGCCUUUACACAAUCACGCAGUGUGAACUGCACGGCCAUUGGUUUGUGAAGUUAAAGAAAACGAACAAAUGACGGCACGGAACGCGCGAGCCAAUGGUGAGCGAGCCCGCUCGAGCCCGCCAAAAAGGGCGGGGUCUCGGGCUAUAUAAGCGGCCAUCUCACCAUGGCAAAACGAUUCAUUCUCCUUCAGCGACGCAGAUAUCAUCUCUUCGCUUGAUCUACGAGACUUGAAACCGCCUUCACCUGCAAGCAGCUGGAUUCGCCGCUGAUUAACUCGCCGCUCUGCAGCAGUCUGAUCAGCUCGCCUCCCUGCUUGCCGCUCUCUUUUGCUCGCUGCUCUCAAGCAGCUCGCCGCCCUCGAGCGGCCUGCAGCUCUCGCCAUUUUCAGCUCGCCGCUCAGAUCGCCGCUUUCGUGCAGCGCUGAUCGCCCACCGCUUCGCAGCAGCCAGAUCAGCUCGCCGCUCUCAAGCAGCUCUGUUCACACGCCGCUUCCUAGCAGACUGGUCAGCGCUUCGCCACCGAGUCGCCUGCAGUUCGUGUGAGUGCAUUAACGGUGUAUCCUUUGCAACACUGUUGCUUCUAAAAGAGCUUUUUCUAAGGAGCAAAUUUCUGCGACGUUGAUACAAAUGUCGCGCCACGAUUGUGGCAUGUACAGAGCCCCUCUGCACGCUGAUGAUGGGCACAGUGAGUGCGUGCGAUGUCUGGGCAAGUCCCACGCAGAAGCCGCGCUCACUGAAUCGACCUGCUCUCAUUGCGAGGGUAGGAGUCUCGCCUCUUUGCGCUCGUGGAUAGUGUUCUUCUCAGAACGCGACUCCGCCCCUCGCGCCCUCCCGUUUUCUUCCUCCCAUCAAUCGGCAUCAAUCGACUCGGAGCUCACCCGUGUGCUGUCCAAAGCAGUCAAGCAGCUCGGUCUGAAGUGGUCUGUGCCUGAGGAACCCACAUGCAGCCGCUUAGACGAGUGAUACCUGCAUGGAUGUCGACAAGCGCCUCCUCAGCAGUCAGCGCCCUUCUUUCCAGUGGUGCAUGACAAGCUCACCAAGUCAUGGUGCGCUCCCUACUCUGCCCGCCUGCAUCCUUCUGCCUCUCACGCUCUCACCUCUGUUGACAGCGCCGGGCAGAAAGGAUAUGAAAAGCUGCCUCCCUUGGAUGAAGCUGUGGCCGCACACCUGUGUCCGCCCGCUGCCAUUGGAUGGAAGACGAAGGCCGCCCACCCAUCCAAGCCCUGCCGUACCACCUCAGCCCUCGCUGGACAGGCGUACACCUCGGCCGGUCAGGCAGCUUCAGCGUUACACUCUAUGGUGGUACUCCAGGAGAACCAAGCAAAGCUCCUCAGGGACCUGGAUGAGGCUGGGCACGACACAGCCACCUUCAAAGAGCUGCGUAGUGCCACGGACUUGGCCCUACGCGCCACGAAGACCACAGCUCAGGCUAUUGGGUGUUCGAUGGCCAGCCUGGUGGUGCCGGAGCGCCACUUAUGGCUCAACCUGACUGAGAUCAAGGACGCAGAUAAGGCCGUCUUCCUUGACUCGCCAGUUUCCCCCACUGGUCUCUUUGGGCCCACCGUCCAUGGUUUCGCCGAGUGCUUCACAGCGGCACAAAAGUUGUCCCAGGCCAUGCGACACUUUUUGCCAAAACGCUCCAGCUCCUCUGCUUCGAGCCGCCCUAGGUCAGCGCCAGCUCAGCAGCAGCCGCCCAAAAACAAGCCGCCAGCCACUAAGCCUGCGCCACGUUCUGAGCACAGACGGCGCUCGCGCUCUGCUAGGCGCCACCCUCCUCCGGUGCGACAGGGCCCCCGGCCCAAGAUAGCAUUGGACCCUGCGCCUCAGAAGUCGGCCUGAUGUCCAAGGGAGGAAGAGGAGGAGGCUAAGUCCCACCGCGGCCGGACCACCCUCCAAAAUGCCUCGCCCAGUUUUCCUGUCACCCCAUUCAGUUCCGGGUGUUCAAGAAAAAGUGCUUGUUGCCUGCACAGAGCCUGUUCAAACGCCCUGGCAGUGCACCGCUGUGAUAGCGGACAUAAAAAAACAAACAUCCUCAAAAAGAGAGCAAAUUUUCUCUUCUACCCGAUACACGCACCACAGUCCCUUCACAGCAACAUAGUGCUAGAACCAAUUCAGCCCCUCGCCACACGGGCCGGGGCCUGGCAGGCCAUCCCUGGAGUGUCAGCUUGGGUUCUGAACAUAAUAAAGCGAGGUUAUGUACUCCAAUUCGCUCAAAGGGCCCCAUUUUUCAACGGUGUGGUCCAAACCUCUGUGGAAAGCAAGGAGGCACAUGUCCUGCGUUCCGAGAUAAACACCAUGCUGGCAAAAGGAGCCAUAGAGGUGGUUCCUCCAGCACUGACCGAGUCAGGUUUUUACAGCAGGUACUUCCUCGUCUCUAAAAAGGAUGGCGGUCUCAGACCCAUUCUCGAUCUCAGACAUCUGAACAGGGCCCUGAUAAAGCGCUCAUUCAGAAUGAUCAUUUUGAAGCAGAUCUUCCUGCAAAUACGCCCGGGAGACUGGAUCUUUACCCUGGAUCUGAAAGACGCUUAUUUUCACAUCCAGAUAGCCCGCCAUCACAGGCAAUUGUUGAGAUUCGCCUUUGAAGGGAUAGCAUAUCAAUACACGGUCCUUCCGUUCGGGCUAUCUCUGGCUCCCUGCACUUUUACGAAGUGCAUGGAUGCGGCUCUCUCCCCUCUGAGACAGAUGGGUGUGCGCAUACUGAACUACCUCGACGACUGGCUCGUUCUGGCCCAGUCGGAGGCGGAGAUAAUAUCCCACAGAUCCAUCAUCCUCAACCACUUAGAGUGCUUGGGGCUCAGGGUCAAUUUUACAAAGAGCUUGUUACAGCCAACGUGUGUCGUUCCUGGGGAUAAUUUUAGACUCAACCCAAUUGAGGGCCACAGUCUCUCCAGAGCAUUCUCUGGCCAUCCAGCAGCUCGUACAAACCUUUGCGCCAGGGGCUUCUCUGCCGCUCAGAAUGUUUCAGGGGAUGCUAGGUCUGAUGAGUUCAGCAUCUCCGGCUCUGCAGCUGGGCUUGCUUCACAUGAGCCCUCUGCAGCUCUGGCUGAAACCACGGGUCCUGCCCCUAGCCUGGCAACAUGGUCGUUGCUUGCUCAAGGUGAACCAGGCGUGUGUCACAACCUUGGACCCUUGGACGAACCCUUGCUGGUUCAAGCAGGGCGUGGCAAUUGGGGCAAUAGACAAGAGGAAGGUCGUCUUCACAGAUACCUCCAAGACAGGUUGGGGAGUUCUGUGCGACAACCGUCUGGCCUUUGGUGCUUGGAACGACCUGGAAAGCAAGCUGCAUAUCAACUGCCUGUAAAUGAUGGCGGUAUACCGAGCUCUCCAGGUUUUCCUUCCUCUCCUGGUAGAACACCACGUCCUGGUCAGAUCAGACAACAUGACGGUGGUAUCCUUCAUAAAUCUUCAUAAGUCAGGCGGAACAGCUUUUUGUUUGCUUCGGUGGCCGCACGAAUGGUCUCCCGGUCACAAAGUCCAGACUUUCCAGAUGGAUAGUUAACGCUAUAGCACUCGCUUACUCCUCCUUAGGUCUUCAAUACCCUUUGGUUGUGAGAGCGCAUUCCACGAGAGGUAUGGCCUCCUCGUGGGCGUGGUCCUGUCGCGUUUCCAUUGCCGACAUCUGUGCGGUGGCCGGCUGGGCCUCACCGUCCGCAUUUGUCAGGUUUUAUAAUCUGGAUGUCCCUGCACUUCAGUCGCAGGUCCUUUCUGCAUGAAUCUGCUGUGUACAGCUUAUGGUUUUCCAUUACGACCCCGACCACAUCUGGGCGUAACUAUGUUCUGUGCCCUCUAUAUAUGUACCCUAGGCCCCUCCGGUGCCCUAGUUAUGGGCUUGGGUGGAUGACUAAAGUUUUUCAGUACCCCGUUGUCUGGGCUACCCUGUCUUGAGUGCUCUGCACUGAUGCUCGGUCAUCCCCCUGCGUAGCACGGCGUGAUUGUACUGUCCCUAUAGGGUCUUGUUUUAUUAAUAAUCAGUAUUAAUUAAUAAGACGAACGACACAGUACCGUGUAGUAUCGCAAGGGAACGUACUCGUUUACUAACGUAACCUCGGUUCCCUUAGAUACGGAAUGAGUACUGUGUUCUUUGCCGUGCUAUGCGCGAGACGCCUCAUGCCGUCGCUUCAGUCGAAUUUAAUCGACUUGCCAUGGUGAGACGGCCGUUUAUAUAGCCCGAGACCCCACCCCUUUUGGUGGGCUCAAGCGGGCUCGCUCACCAUUGGCUCGCACAUUCCGUGCCAUCAUUGGUUCGUUUUCUUUAACUUCACGAACCAAUGGCCGUGCAGUUCACGAUGUGUGAUUGUAUAAAGGCUUCAGAAUCGGAGAAAAAGGAGUUUUCCCCAUAGCGUCUUGUCUUAUUAAUAAUCAUUAUUAAUUAAUAAGACGAACGAUGCUAAGGGAACCGAGGUUACGUUAGUAACCGAGUACGUUUUUUCUAAAUAUCGAUAUUUUUCCCAAAUAGUCUCAUUUAGAUAACAUCAUUGCUGUUUGAGCUGCUCGCGCUGAGACUGAAGAGAACACAUAAACUGAAGCACUUAAUUAACUCAACAGAACACAUUCUAUAUAGGAUAAUUCAGAUAUAUUUAUACAAGAUAAACAUAAUAUUACAACUUAAAUUUGCACAAAAUCAUGCACGCAUGAACUUGAACUAAGAAACGUGAAUGUAGCUCCUGUUGUGGAUGCGUUCUUCCUGUAACAACAUGCCGAAACAGCAGCUAAGCCCAAAUAAUUCACAACAUUUUAUUACAAUAGUGUAUACAAUUAUAAUGUUAUUAAUAUGACAGCCACAAUCAUAGUUAUUAAUGUUUUGUGUUGCUGUUUGAGUGCUCGCUAAAAGCUAAAGAUGAUCAUCAGUACAAUGAAGCACUGCUGUGUUAGUUGCCGUGUCGGACACAAAAAUGGCGGCGAGCAUAGCGGAAGUGACGUCUUUGAAACCCAUAGAUUGUGCGUCUUUAAAUUAUAUCUAUUUUAUAUCUCUUUUUCAGAUGAUUAAUGAGGAGUGGCUAAGCAGCUCAUUUAAACUGUGUGAUCUAGUCACUGCCUCAGAAUGUGGUCACUCUGAUGACUCUACGCAGAUAGUAAUCAACAGUGGUUCAUACCCACAACCUGCAUACAACCCGUUGUCAAUCCAACACACGUUGGAAACAUACAGCCGUUUACUGUAUGCAACAUUAGAACAGAACAUAGAGCCUAUUCAACACUUUGCGCAUAUGACAGCCAAAGCUAUUAUAGAUUCAGCUGUGAGGAUCAGAGACCCAAGUGAAUAUGUCAAAGUGAGACAGGAUGACGUUGAGAUGCUAGCUGAAGAGUUAACUUUAAAAGUCUGUUGCAAAGCACUAGAAGAGAUGGAGAGGCAACAUCACUCUGAUGAUCCAUCGUCCAAAAAUAUAAAUGAUAAAGGGGUUAUAGAGGGGAAAAUGCAUUAUGAAAAUGCAUGGGUCCUGUGCUCCUCAGACUACAACUGUGAUAAAAAUGCAUUUGAAAUGGAAACAGACAAGAUGGAGGAAUAUAAUGACUCACUGACCACAGUAUAUGCCACUUCCUUGAAGAGCAUGGCCAGUCUGGGGUCUCUCGACUACCCUGAUGCUCCUCCAAGCACCCCUUUACAUCCAGAGAUGAUGAGGAGUCGAGCCAGUUUCACAAGGAAGCUAAAGGGAGGACUUGCUAAAGAGUUUCUUCCUUCACCUCCUCCUCCAACCCCCAAAGACCACAUGAAACCCUUAUUGGAGAACCAAAUGACAGACGCAUCCGCUGACUUCAUGGUGAGGCUGAUGCGCUCGCUUUCACUGGAGUGUUGUCGAAACGGAGGUCUAGAAGAAGACGAGGGCAGAGAAGCUAAUGAUGGUGGACUCCAAAAUGACAUUUCCAGGCUGACUGACUAUGCUGCUCAAAUAUCUGCAGAUAUCCUUCAUUCUCUCACCACAAAUGAGAUAAAAGUAAGGGAUGAGGGUUGUGUGAAAUGCAUGUUGUCUAUUUCUGAUCAACUAGCGAGUGAAAUUGUCACAACGUCUCUAGCAGAGGUGAUGGCGAGAGGAGAAAGGAAGGUUUUGAAGGAAGAAACAACAUCAUACUCAAUACAUAAGGUAGACAUGGCUCCAGAAAAAAGAUCUAGCAUGCCAUUCUCUGCAACGGACGGGGUGAAAGUUUUAGCUAGUGGGCUAAUCAUUAACGGUGUGGUUCAUGCUUUUGCUAAGCUAAGACAGGACGUGUUUAAACAUGGAGCCCAGCCACAUCUUUUGAGCCAAGCGGCAGAACCACAGCCAUGGGAAGAAGAACAUUAUUCAAACACACUGUGUAAAGACUCAGUCAACUCCCUCAAAGCCAAAACCUUCAGAUGCUGUAACAAUAAAUCAGAACUGAACCCCAUUACAGUUGACGCCAUAAAAGUGACAUCAUCGGUACACACAUUUGCCAACGACUUCGCAGAAGACGUGCUUCAGCAUUCUGUGUGUGAUGCUUCCAGCUUACUCUUUAACUGUAAGCACUCAGAAUUUGGCUCCCAGAAAGACAUUAAACCAUUGGUGAUCAAGAUAUGUGCUGAGGAAAGUCGUCAUGUACAGGAACUGCAAUGUGCUCUACUCUGGGCCGUGGCCUCUCAGAACGGGACUUCAGCAUUUCAGUUUGAUCUACCAGACACAAGCCUUCAGCAACAGCUUUGCAGACUCUCUCGGAGAGCCCGUCUGAAUGGCUGGACGGUGGGCGAUUUAGUGGCUUCUCUUGAUGAGUUUUGUGACAUGCAGAAAACGACCAGCAGAGGGCGCUAUGAGAGCUCCAAUUCUCUCUUGGAGCAUCUGCAGAACCUGAUUGACAAUGCACGUUUAAACUGAUCUUGGACCAGCUAAACCCUUGCAGAACUGGUCAUUGAUCUACAAAUCAGCUUUAGAAGUUACUACCAUCCAAAACACACUGACACAUUCUUGACCAAAGAUUCUGUAUAUUAUUUUUUAACAAUAUGUCAGUACCAAUAAUAAAGUGUGUCUGAAUGAUGAUAA